CAGUUGUAGUUUAUUGUUACUUCCUGUCUGUAAACUGCACUUCCUCUAGUAACAGUAACUCUGCUUCAUCACACUCAGUAUUUUACUUUAACACACACUGUGGUUUAUUACUGACUUGUAUAAGUUGUAUUCAUUCUCCUGGUUGUGUUUGUGGUAGUAUUUGUCUGUAGUGUUAAUGUGAGUGUCUCUGUGGGGAUUUCACACUGAGGCAUUGUGCUGCGUAGGUGUGUGGGUGUGUUUGAUUUGGGACACGCCCACUGAGUACUGAGUUUAACAGGUGAACUCCUGCAUUCCUCACUACUGUUAGCUGACAACACAGAGGAUCAUUUUAAACUGUUUCUGUACAUCUCCACAGCAAGAUGAAUCCUUUCACUUUUCUCCUGAUUUUGGACUGUAUUAGAGGGCCAUGUUUGGAGAAAAACUCCUGUCAUGACCAAUAUGGAGAAAUGCAGACAGCUAAACUUCAAGGUUGCAUUGCUCAGAACUGUGAAAAAGCACUGAUGCAGUGUACAUUCCAGACUGUUCAAGACAUUGUGACAGAAAUGAAGAAAGAGGAUCCAUCAGUGUCCACUGAAGCUCUGCUGGAUCAGGCUGUGACUGCUGUGUUGAAUGAUAUAAAAUCAUUCCUGAAUUGUUUCAAAGAGAUCGGCAAGAACCCCAUCGAUGCCGCAAUGUGUUUCCUGGAAUCAUUUCUGCGGUUUCUGGGUGACACACCGCAGCAGGACAACAACAAAAAGCCACCAUUUAUGUCCAAUAAUCGAGAUUCCUUUUUCUGCUGGAUCAGAGCGUCCAUAAAGAGAGUGAUGAACUGCAUCAAUCAGGACAACCUGCACAUGUUAAGUGCUCUGGAACAUUUUGGAAGAAGUAAAGAGUAUUCUGAAUGUAUUAUGAAGAUGUUUCCUUACUGGAGCAAAAACUGCCUUCCAGCGUCAUUUCGGCUGUUUGGAAACAUCGCGAAGAGUCAGUUCACUGGCAGCCAGACAGGAUUUGCUGACUGUAUUACCAGUUGGAACCGAGUGACAAAAGAAUGCAGGGACAAGACCUUGGAUCUUCAAAGUUCCAUGACGACCAUCCCAGUGCAGAUUAAAGAUUUAUACAUCUGCACCAUUAAUGAGAUGAUUUUAGCAACUACAACGUGUUAAAUACAACGAGGAAGUGAUCUUCAUGAAAACCAAUCAGAGAGCAGAUAAUUAUAUCUUGUAUGAUUUGCUUUUAAAAGUCUUUACUGAUCAUCUGGAGCAUUGGGAUUAAUUUACUGGGUCAUUUUAAACUUUUAAU